AUGCUAUCUAUUCAAUCCCUUCUGAAUCCUCAGCCUGAAAGGCGAUCUCCAUAUCCAUUCCCUGCCCCACGCGAGAAGCGGCAGAAGAUGGCCAAGGACGCCCCAAUUUUCCGUCGUGGCAAGAUCCAGGGCGAGUGCCGCUAUCCUCCAUGCGAGGAGAGAGACGCAGAGCUGGAGAAGGCUCACAGAGAGCUCUCUUUACGUCCCCUGGGCAAUAUUGCCGACUAUCCUCGUCAUAUCCCAUAUGCCAGUGACAAGAAAACCUUCCAAGAAAAGACAGGCCGAGACAGCUUCCAUGUCUUUCAGUACACAUUCCAAAUACCCGGAGAAGAAAAGGAAUGGCAUGUUAUGUGGGACUACAAUAUCGGCAUCACUACCCCAGCCAAAAUGCUGAACCAGAACCCCGGCCUCCGCGAUAUCUGCCACAGCAUCACCGGCGGGGCACUUUCUGCUCAAGGAUACUGGAUGCCCUAUGAAGCUGCCAGAGCCAUGGCAGCAACCUUUUGCUGGAGAAUCCGAUACGCCUUAACUCCCCUGUUUGGAACAGACUUCCCAGACAUGUGUAUCCCCCCAACGGACCGCAAAACCCACGGCCGCAUGGUCAUCCCCCCAGAGAUCGUGCAGCGAGCCACCAACACCUCCAACUACUAUCGCUCUCUGGAAAUGAAGUCCAACCCCGCCAGCUCUGUAGCCAACGAGCCUUCCUCGACACAUACCCUUCUCCAUGGUAUGGGGGUAUUGAGCCAAGACUCCUCCCUGACACUGGCCCCUCUCAAGAUCCCGCGCACCCAAUACGCCGAGAGCAACUCCAGUGCCCGGGACUCCUCCAUGGAGCCUUACUGCAUGUCACCUAAGAGCCAGUCGCCCAUGUCUGCAUUCACCCCCAUCAACCCGCCACGCUCCAACGCUCCACCUCGCUCGCGGGUCGAAUCACCUCGCACUAUCCUCCGUGCUCUGUCAGAUGCUAUGCGCCCUGCUAAUGCCCCCGGUAUUAGCGAAGACAGUGACACCGAUAGCGACGGCUCGUCGAACAUGUAUUCCACUCCGAAUUGUCCAUCCGUGGACGGACAUAUGGAAACUGACAAGCCCGACGAGCCCGACGCCUCGGGGGUGUCCGUCCUGCAAAGUGACUCUGAUGAUCUAACCGACUCAGACGAUGAUUGGCAAAUGGAUGAUGCUAACGAUGAAGACUACCGCGGACCCCCAUCCAAGAGGAAUGGUGUUGCUAGGGACGGUGCAAGUCCCGUAUCGCGGAGGAAGUAUCCCAGUCGGAGAUCGCGUGCGCGUCAGUCCUCUCCUCACUUUACUCGUGAGGUUAAGGCUGCUGAAGCUCUUCUUCGUCUGCAUAUGAAUGAGCUUGAAAGUACCGGAGCUGAAACUGAAGAGGAUGAUGGGUUGGCUUCGCCUUGCGGCUCUCGCUCGCUUGGUGGUGAUGAGUCUCGUAGUCGUAAGCGACGUCGGGCUUCGCUUUGA